GCGGUGCAGCUGCUCUCCGCAGCCAGCCGGAGAGUGGGAAAGCUGCACCCAGGGACGCAGACCACCGGCCCUCCUGCCACUCCCUCCGCCUGGGAAGAGAAGCCCCAAGAUGAAAUGCCAGCACAGACAAAACCUGCUCAAAAGUCUCUCAAAGUCACUGGCAAAGACCAUUUUUCCAAGAAGCUCCAUAAACUGAUACUCUGACUUUUUCCAAACUACCUUUGGAGAGCAAAGAGCAGAUGCCUCGGCAGGCACCAGGCGUUAACGGUGCCUGUGCAGAUGGGCUUGCACCCAUUCCCCCCGGGCAAGGUGCUGGGUGAAGCACUGCCAGCCUGCUGCUCUCCUCCUUUGCAGGGAGGCAUCACCCCAGGGGACCCCAUCACACUGUCACCAGCACUUUGCAGCUCUCCCCAUCCUGCUGGCUUUUCUGAGGGAUGCUCUGCACCCUGACAGUUUUUUCAUGCAUUUGAGGUGGGAUAGUUGGGGGAAAGAUAUUUAGACUGGUUACCCAAAGGCUCAGCUUGUCACUUGUCUCCCUCCCUGCCUACCUCUGUGUUGCCUUGCCUUGCCUUUCCCUGCCCUUGCCUGGCUCCUGCAGGGACAUGAAUUUAUUUGGUUUAUUUUUAUUCCAGCUCUGGUUGGAAACCCAAGGUGCCGGGGGGGAUGGGGAAUGCCACAGUUAAUGCGGCUUUCCCCAGGAGACGUGCAGCGCCACGAGGGCACAGAUACUGGAAGGGUGCACAUGGAAAUUCAUUUUAUCAGUAGUUAUCAGCCGAUAUUUAUUUAGCCCCAGGAGGUCUCAGUUGUAAUUCAUCACCAGGGCUGCCAUUUAAUUGCUCAGUGGUUACGUGCAGCCCUGAACCUCAUGUAUUUGAUAGCAGGGACACUGAUAAUAGGUUUCACAGCUGCUUCUUAAAAUUGUCUCCAGACUCAGUGUUCACACCUGAAAAAUGAUACUGAAGAACUAGAAGGACAGAAAAGGGCUACAAGAGGAAACUGGGAUCCAGAAUACCAUCUCAAAGUGAGAGACAUGGCCUUUUCCCGAAGAGCAUGAGCAACCCAGCCAGCCCAGGACGUGGGGGCUCUGCAGCAAGUGUCAGGAGCUCCUGCAGAGCCAUGAGGUGGAGGGGCCGGCGGGAUCACUGUGGGUUGCGGAGAUAAGGGGAGGCUGCAGCCCGGCAGGCAUUUUCUAGGAAGCUGUGGGGCCGAGGCGAGCAUCGCUUUGUGGCCAGGAGUGCUCGGGUGCCUGUGUCCCCUCAACAAGAGCACCAUGUGCAAGCAGAGGAGCAAACGGCCCCUCCUAUCCCAACUUCGUUUCCCAUUUUACUUAGCAGAUUCUUUUUCCAGCGAUGCUUUUUUUUGGGAGAAAGCACUCACUAACCACGAAAUAUUUUGGGGACAGCUAUGCCACCUAUAACAUUUCUGCAGCUCUCUGCUCUCCAAGCCUCCCUGCAAUGGCAGGCUGGCACGCAGCCUGCGUCUCACAGCAUCCAGAUAGCUUCAAAGCCAGCCCAGAGAGAGGAAUGAGCUCUUGGGCCAGGAACCAAGGAGGAGAAAACCAGUUCACGACUGAUCUAUUUUUAACAGCAUCUCAGCUUUGGAUGAAGUCUUGGCACUCCCCAUGGCUGGAGGAGCUGAUGCUGCCUGGACUGGGCAGGGCACGGCAGCUCAGCCAUACAUCCAGCACCGGUCCUGGCAGCAGAGACCCAGGCUGGGACAGCGUCCCGGUCCCCGAUUCAAUACCCAGCCCUGCAUAAAAAAAAAAAAGGCGGGGAAGCACAGGUGAGAGGACAGAUGCCCUCGAGUAUCUCUCCCACCAUCCCGCACUGGGCAACUUCCCUGCCUACGCAGUGCCUUCACUCCCUCGGGACUGGCAGCACUGGGGCAGACUUGCAGCCCUCUGGAGGGGUUCCCCCACCCUCAGGCUCCCACACCCCCCCCCAAGACCCCUUACUACCACGCAGGAGCAGGAGGGAGAUGGGUGGGAAGCGACCGGCUGGCAGGCAGGUGCUGUGAGGCAAGGCAAACACUGCACCGGCUGCAAUGCCACAGACCUUGAGAUAACGCUGAGCUAUAAAGGAAAAAAGGUCCAGGCGGGGCAAACGCUGCUGGCUGGGCUGGCUCAGCUGAACCCCACAGCAGCCGAGCCGAGAGGGACACUUGGAUUAUCUCCUGACCUUUCUGACUAGCGCGAGGGGAAAACCAGCCAUUGCUUGUCCCUGCUGAAGGAGAUGCUCAGUACAUGGCGCAGAGAGGGUGACCAAGGGAAGAGCCACAUGUAAGGACAGAAGGGUCGGCAAUGACCCCAGCCUCCUCUUGACUCUCCUCAUGAUCUCGGACAAGGAGGACAUGGAGAUGAAUCCCCAGAGGCAAAUAGGGGCGGCGGUGCCCGCGGAGCCCCUCACUCACCCGUGCCGGCCGCGGAGCCGCUCCCCGCCGCGCUACUGGGUCAGAUCCAACCCAUACCAAACCAACCCACUUCGAGACGGUGUGCGGAGGUACCUGCAGCUGCCGGCAGACCAGACGGUACUGAUACUGCAUGCCAAAGUCGCACAGAAGUCAUAUGGCAACGAAAAAAGGUUUUUCUGUCCCCCACCUUGCGUUUACCUGAGCGGGCCAGGAUGGAAGUUAAAACAGGAGCAGAUAAAAGCCAGAGACCUGGGAGAGACGGGUUUUCGGGUGUGCGGGUACAUGGGGCUGGACAGCAUGGGCAGCAGCCUGAUGGAGACCCAGAAACUCAGCUUUGAGGAGCAGCCGGACGCAAAGGGCUUCGGCUGUGCCAAGGCACUGUACAUCUCGGACGCAGACAAGCGCAAGCAUUUCCGCUUGGUCCUGAAGCUCUUCUUCAGCAACGGGCAGGAGAUCGGCACCUUCCACAGCAAGCUGAUCAAGGUCAUCUCCAAGCCCUCGCAGAAGAAGCAGUCGCUGAAGAACACGGACCCAGUCUGCAUCUCCUCGGGUUCCAAAGUCUCCCUCUUCAACCGCCUGCGCUCCCAGACUGUCAGCACCCGCUACCUCUCUGUCGAGGGGGGAGCCUUCAUCGCCAGCGCCAGGCAGUGGGCAGCCUUCACCCUCCACCUGGCCGAUGAGCACUGCACCCGGAGCGAGUUCCCCCUGCGGGAAGGGUAUAUCCGCUACGGCUCCGUGGUCCAGCUGGUCUGCACGGCCACCGGCAUCACCCUGCCUCCCCUGAUCAUCCGGAAGGUGACAAAGCAGUAUGCCAUGCUGGACGUGGACGAGCCCAUCUCCCAGCUCCACAAAUGCGCCUUCCAGUUCCAGGGCAGCGACCGCAUGUACCUGUGUCUCUCCACGGAGAAAGUGAUCCAGUUCCAGGUACGGCAGUGUGAGGAGGAGGCAUCUCCCUGCCCGAAGGAAGCCAACCGGGAGCUGCUGAACGACGGCUCCUGCUGGACCAUCAUCGGCACCGAAAUGGUGGAGUAUACCUUCAGUGAGAGCCUGGCCUGCGUCCGCGAGCCUGUCAGCCCCGUGCCACUCAUCACUGCCCUGCAGCUCACGGGUGGCGGGGAUGUGGCCAUGCUGGAGGUGCAGGGGGAGCAUUUCCACGCACACCUCAAGGUCUGGUUCGGAGACGUGGAAGCAGAGACGAUGUACAGGAGCCCCAAGUCCCUCGUUUGCGUCGUCCCUGAUGUCUCUGCCUUUGGCAGUGACUGGAGGUGGCUGCGAUACCCCAUCACAGUCCCACUCCUGCUGAUCAGGGAUGAUGGCCUCAUCUACUCCAGCUCAUUCACGUUCACCUACACCCCGGAGCAGAGCUUCAUCCCAGGGCAGCAGGUCCUCUCAGAUGUCCCCCAGGACUCGGACAAAUUACUUGACAGCAUCCAUCAGGAGUUCACCAGGACCAACUUCCACCUCUUCAUGCAGAGCUAGCAAGCUGGGCGGGCAGAGGCUCGGCCUCACCCCUGGCCCCAGGGUUCCCCAUCCAGGGCUCAAGGUGGCCCUGCCAAAGGGUCCUCCCCACACAUCGAAUGCCCGCCAUGUUACUGUCAUUUGCUGACUUGUCUGUUCUUCACGGCAGCGUCUUACCCUGCUGAGAUCUCACAUGAAAGCGUCAAUAAAUCAG